CUGCGAUUGGUUGUUCACCCUCGUUUUCGUUUUCCGCCUCGCAUCUAUUUAUCGGCGAUCGAUUGUGUUUGAGUUCCACAAAAGAUGGCGGACCGAACACCUGGAGGCUCUCAUAAAGCAGGCGCUAAGGCGCUGCUGGAGAGCAAACUAAAGUCUUUCAGCAUAGGAAAAAUGUCAGCGACCAAGCGAACGCUAAGCAAAAAAGAGCAAGAUGAGAUCAAGAAAAAGGAGGACGAGCGUGCAGCAGCAGAGAUCUAUGAGGAGUUUCUUGCUGCGUUUGAAGGCGGCGGGGAGGGAAAAAUCAAAGCUUUUGUCCGUGGUGGAAUCGCAAACGCCACGAAAGAGGAGGCCGCAGUAGAUGAGAAGAAAGGGAAGCUGUACAAGCCCAAGUCACGUUUCGAGGGAGAAAGCAAAACCAUCUUGCCUCUGGAAAGUCCAACGCCUCAGUUCCUACCAGUGGACAAGCGACAACUCGCGAAGAAAAUGAGCGAGAAGGAGAGGAAGAAGAGCAACCUGGAGCUGUUCAAAGAGGAGCUUAAACAGAUCCAGGAGGAGAGGGACGAGCGGCACAAGCAGAAGGGGAGAGUUAGUCGAUUUGAACCUCUCAGCGGCACAGAGAGCAAACGUUCAUCGGAUGGUUCCUCACGAAGAAACCGUCCGUCCAGUGGUAAUUUUGACUUUAAGUACAGUGGCUGUGAAUAUCUUGAAGAUGUUAAAAUGAUGAUUGACUUUCUUUACUGGCCAAGAGCAAGUCGUCGUCCUCCGGCAGCAGUUGGAAAUGUCCUCUUGUUUUGUGUCUGUGCAGUUUUGGAUGACUGUGCGCCCGGCUCACACGAUGUGGGAGACCCGUCCACCACUAACUUGUAUCUGGGCAACAUCAAUCCACAGAUGAAUGAGGAGAUGCUGUGUCAGGAGUUUGGGCGCUACGGACCUCUGGCCAGCGUCAAGAUCAUGUGGCCCAGGACUGACGAGGAGAGGGCACGGGAGAGGAACUGUGGCUUUGUGGCCUUCAUGAACAGGAGGGAUGCUGAGAGAGCCCUCAAAAACCUCAAUGGGAAGAUGAUCAUGAACUUUGAGAUGAAACUGGGAUGGGGCAAAGGUGUUCCCAUCCCCCCGCACCCCAUCUACAUCCCUCCGUCCAUGAUGGAGCACACACUCCCGCCGCCUCCCUCGGGCCUCCCCUUCAACGCCCAGCCCCGUGAGAGGUUAAAGAACCCCAAUGCCCCCCUGCUGCCUCCCCCAAAAAACAAGGAGGACUUUGAGAAGACUCUGUCGCAAGCCAUAGUCAAAGUGGUUAUCCCAACAGAAAGGAAUUUGCUCUCUCUCAUCCACCGAAUGAUCGAGUUUGUGGUGCGUGAAGGCCCAAUGUUUGAAGCCAUGAUCAUGAACCGAGAAAUCAGCAACCCCAUGUACAGGUUUCUGUUUGAGAACCAGAGUCCAGCCCACGUUUACUACCGUUGGAAGCUCUACACCAUCCUGCAGGGCGAAGCUCCGGUCAAAUGGCGAACAGACGACUUUAGAAUGUUCAAGAAUGGCUCUCUGUGGCGCCCGCCUCCUCUCAAUCCGUACCUGCACGGCCCGUACGACGACGGAGAGGAGGAGGAGGACGACGACGACGAGUCCAUCAAGAAAGGCGGCUUGAAAGAAGACGAGCGCGACAAGCUGGAGGAGAUGCUGCGCGCUUUGACGCCCAGGAGGGGCGACGUGGCGGAGGCCAUGUUGUUUUGUCUCAAUCGCGCCGAAGCUGCGGAAGAGAUCGUGGAAUGUGUCGCCGAGUCUCUUUCCAUCCUCAAGACUCCUCUGCCCAAGAAGAUCGCUCGCUUGUAUCUGGUGUCUGACGUGCUCUACAACUCCUCGGCCAAAGUGGCCAACGCCUCCUACUACAGGAAAUACUUCGAGAACAAGCUCUGCCAGAUGUUCUCCGACCUCAACGCCACCUACAGAAGCAUCCAGGGCCACCUCCAGAGUGAGAACUUUAAGCAACGCGUGAUGGCGUGCUUCCGAGCGUGGGAGGACUGGGCCGUGUAUCCCGAUCCUUUCCUCAUCAAGCUGCAGAACAUCUUCCUGGGCCUCGUCAACCUGGCCGCCGACAAGGAGCCUGUUCCAGUGCCUGAGGAGGCGGAGCCAGCAGAGGACAUCGACGGCGCUCCGAUAGGCGACUACGGGGACGCCUCUCCACUAGAAGACGUGGACGGGAUCCCCAUUGACGCGGGGGCCAUUGAUGGCGCGGUGAUUGACGGGGCGCCCCUGGACGACCUGGACGGCGUUCCCAUCAAGCCCAUGGAGGAGGACCUCGAUGGCAUUCCCUUCGACCAGUCCAAGGAGGCCACGUUUAAGGUGGCGCCCUCCAAGUGGGAAGCUGUGGAUGAGUCUGAGCUGGCGUCUCAAGCUGUGACCACAUCAAAGUGGGAAGCUUUUGAACAACCUGAAGAGGGCAAGAGGCCCAACGACAACAGCGACGAGGACAGGAGCCCCCGCUCAGUGGACACGCCCGGGUACUCCAACGCCAUCAGGGACGACGUGGACCUGAAGAUGAACGAGGAGAAGCGCACGAAGCUACGGGAGAUAGAAGUGAAGGUGAUGAAGUUCCAGGACGAGUUGGAGUCGGGCAAGAGGCCCAAGAAGGCCGGCCAGAGCCUCCAGGAGCAAGUGGAGCACUACAGAGACAAACUCCUGCAGAAGGAGAAGGAGAAGGAGAAGAUGGAGCGUGAGAAGGAGAAGAAGGACAAGGAGAAGGUGGACGCUCGCCUGAAAGACUUGAAGAAGGAGAAGGAGAAGGAGGACACGCCCACCAGGAAAGACAAAUCUGUGUCCUCUGCACUUGACAGGAAGCGACGUCACAGCGGCUCUCUCAGUCCCACACGAGGCAGCAGGCGAGGACGCUCCGCCUCUCCUCGCUCAGAGCGCUCCUACUCCAAAGACACGUCCACGCGGUCCUCCCACAAAGACUCUCCUCGGACCUCCAACAAGAAGUCCUCCAAGAGAUCUCCGUCGUCUCCUCGCACGCCCAAACGCUCCAGGCGGUCGCGCUCCAGGACGCCCAAGAAGUCGGCCAAGAAGUCGCGGUCCAAGUCCAGAUCCCCGCACAGAUCCCACAAAAAGUCCAAGAAGAGCAAACACUGAAGACCAGGUGGUCUACUUGUUGUUUUAUAUUGUACAAAAUGUCAACACGCUAGUCUGCUCUUCGUUUUCUAGUCCUCCUAAUAAAAUGUUCAUUUCGUA